CAUUGAUAUUUAAUAUUUUUUCUGUACUUUCAUACAGUAGAUAUAAUAUUUAAUGUUGAUAAUCAACCAAUUUACAAAGUUACUAUUUUCGUUAUUGAUCAUACCAAACAUAACAAUAUCUUGACUAAAAAUAAUGUCAAUUCCUGUUUCAGUCAAUAUCCAUUCUCGUAUUGAUUCCCAAAUGUGGUUAACCUUGUUACAGUCAAAGAAAAGAUGUUGUAACGUUUCACAUGAAGCUUUGCAGAAGUCGCAAGCAUUAGAAUCCACUGCUGGAUAGUGACAUGUCAAGUCCCGUCACCGGACCAGCAGAAAUUGUAUACUUUGAAGAAAAAAUAUCAAAUACAAGCAUAAAACAAGCUUCUGAGUACAUAUCACUGGACGGGAACAGCCUGUCUACGGAUGAUUUGGUGAGACUCGGGAAAGGAGAAUAUCUCAUCAAGCUUACACCUGAUGCAGAACAAAAGGUUCAGGCUGCCAGAAAUCUUGUUGAUGAAAUUUUGGCUAGCAACAAAGUUGUCUAUGGAAUCACAACGGGAUUUGGCAAGUUUGCAAGGAUAACAAUUCCCAAAGAAAAGCUAACUCAACUACAAGAAAAUCUCAUCAGAUCCCAUGCAGCAGGAGUAGGUCCAGCAUUGUCCCCGGAACGGACAAGGAUGUUACUAGCAUUGAGGAUCAAUGUGCUCGCCAAGGGCAACAGCGGUAUCUCCAUGGAGACGCUGCAGCAGUUGAUAGCAGCAUUCAAUGCGUGCUGCUUACCUUGGGUGCCAGAAAAAGGAUCAGUCGGGGCCAGUGGUGACCUUGCUCCCUUGGCUCACCUGGCGCUAGGCAUGAUGGGAGAAGGCAAGAUGUGGAGUCCACGCAGUGGUUGGGCAGACGCUAAAUAUGUUCUGGAAUCGAAAAAUCUCAAGCCUCUGAAUCUAAAGCCAAAAGAGGGACUUUGUCUGAUCAACGGAACACAAUUAAUAACUUCACUUGGAGCAGAAGCGGUGGAGCGUGCUGAUUUGAUAUAUCGCCAAGCAAACGUCGUAGCGGCCAUGACACUGGAGGUACUGAAGGGAUCAACGAGAGCAUUUGACAGCAAUAUCCAAGCAGUCAGACCACACAAGGGACAAGUCCAGGUGGCUAAAUAUCUGAGGUCUCUCCUCCACUCUGAGACACACCCGUCUCAGAUAGCAGAAAGCCACAGGUUUUGUGAUAGAGUGCAAGACGCAUAUACUCUUCGAUGCUGUCCACAGGUGCACGGGAUAGUCAGCGACACAAUUGAGUUCGUUAAAGGUGUUCUCCUCACUGAGAUCAACAGCGCCACGGAUAAUCCAAUGGUGUUUGCUGAAACUGGAGAAAUCAUGUCUGGUGGAAAUUUUCACGGAGAAUAUCCGGCGAAGGUCCUCGAUUAUUUAGCCAUCGGGAUCCACGAGCUGUCCAAUAUGAGCGAGCGGCGGAUCGAAAGACUCGUAAACCCAGCACUCAGCGAGUUGCCUGCGUUUCUCACACCAGAUGGCGGUCUCAACUCCGGCUUCAUGAUCGCGCACUGUACGGCAGCCUCAUUGGUGUCUGAAAACAAGGUGUUGUGCCACCCGUCGUCCAUCGACUCCCUGACGACGAGCGCCGGCACCGAGGACCACGUGUCCAUGGGUGGCUUCGCGGCAAGGAAGGCGCUGAGAGUCGUCGAACACGUGGAGCAAGUGUUGGCCAUUGAGCUGCUAGCAGCGUGCCAGGCAAUGGAGUUCCUCCGGCCCCUGAAGACCACAGCGCCACUGGAAGAAGUCUACAAACUCGUCAGACAAGUUGCUGGCCCUUGGAAGGUUGAUCGGUACAUGGCACCGGACAUUGAUGGUGUCACUAAGCUUCUGCAGGAUGGCAAGAUUUGGAGAGUCGUGAAGCCAAUGAUGGAUCAUUACCACUCCACGCAGAGUGUUGAAACCAGAGUGUUCUCCCCUACCACGACCUCUCGUGUCGAUAACAGCUCCAAUGGUCCCGUCACUAAGAAGCGGAGGGUGUCGAAGGUUUCACUGGUGCAGAACUAGAACAACGACGACGACAACAUGAUUACGACCCAUGACAGUUUAUUACCGAGUUUAUUAAAGCGUCCAAUAUCUGAACUUGCAUCUCAAACUUGAGAUCAUUACGGAAACAUUCUACACAUAAUGCGGUGUUUGAUAACAAAUAUAUGAAGUUGUUUGAUGCAA